AUGGGUUGUUGCUUCUGUACGGUUAGACUAUCUGCAUUGGGGCUGAAAAUGUCGGAGGACAUGCUUCUCCAUUUUUCUUCCAACUCAUCAAAUCAAUCCGAUCAGUCUUUGCCCACAAAGAUUGCAAAGCUCGAAGCUCGUAUGGUGGGAAAAGCUCCCUCAACUGCCCCUGCUCCUGCUUCUGCCCCUGCACAGGUCUCCUGGCCGGCUCUUUCUUCAGCGGCCAAAUAUGGGCCGACUGCUGCUACAGAGGAUUUGGCUGAGCCAUUGCUUUCAAGCGAUUCUGAUGAUGAUGUCACGGGAGGUUCCACUAACUUAUUACUCUCUUCUACCAGAAAACUGAUAUGCAUAGCAUAA